CGCAUGAGGAUGUUAACGAAUUUGACGAAUGUCGUUUCAGAUGAGAGGAGCAUGGACGAGCAGGCUGUGGGGGAGGAGGAUGAGUGCAGUAGCCCAACCUCUCUGCAGGCAAAUACCUGAAAGCAGCCAAAUAGCGUGCGUUCAUCCAACAUCCGGGCACGACAAACCAUGCUCGAAGAGGGUGGGGCAAUUGUGUCAAAGAAUGAGGAAGCCCAACGGUCAAUUGAUGAUUGGUUGGUGUUUGAUCGGGUCCCAUUCACGCUGGUGCGCAGCAAGUACUUCUUGCGGCUGUUGCAAAAGGUUCCCGAAGCGGAGCGGUCAUUCAUCCCUGCGAAGUCCAAUGUGCAGCGAACGAAAAAAUUAGACCUCAGCGAGGCGCGUGUGACGCAGGGAGUAGCGCGGCAACAAAAACGAUGGGCACGCACAGGUUGCAUGCUCCUACUGGAUGGGUGGACUGAUUGGAGAGGACGACCACGCUUGAAUGUGAUGGUCUCCUUUCCGACCUGUGUUGUUUUUUGGAAAUCCCACUGCAUGUCGGGAAAGGAGAAAGGAUCGGAGGCUUACUUCAACAUUUUGUCGGAGUCGAUCAAGGAGGUCAGUGACAAAGUUGCCGUCGGUGUCAUCAUGGAUAAUGCGGCUGUGUGUGCAAGAGCGGGCAAGCUGGUGGAGGACACAUUUUCCACCAUCUUUCAUGUACCAUGCACAGCCCAUUGCCUGGACCUCAUGCCACACGACAUUGGGCGGACAGAUUGGGUGGAGGAGGUUGUGGGAAAGGGCAAUGACUUGGUGAAGUUCUUCAUGAACCGCCAACGUGUACGUGACAUCUUCUACGUGCACUCUGGAGGGAGGCAGCUGUUGCGACCUGCUGCAACACGGUUCACUACAAAUUUUCAUAUGCUUGACCGCCUAAAAAAGCAACGAAAUGCACUGGUUGCCACGGUCAGUCAUGAUGCUCGCUGGAAGCCGGCCGUGGUACCUCAUGCGCAGAGCGACACAUUCUACGAGAUGGAGGAGAUCGUCCUUGAUGGAGCGGGUUUUUGGGAGGGCGUCAACAAAGUCAUCUCCGCUGUUUAUGACAUUGUCCUGCUGCUGAAGGUGGUGGAUGGCACUGGACCCACUGUCAGCAAAGUGUAUGCGAAGAUGGAUAAGGUGCUGUUGACAUUCAUCUGGACUUGCAUUGUUGAUAACUGUUUUCACGAUCUGGGUUCAUUGCAAGAGGACUGGAGAGGACUAACGAAGGCAGGCAUGUAUAUGGCCUCACGUUCGCAAAGACAAGUGUGCAAGAAGGCACGGUCCUUGGGAACAGCGGAUCAUAUGCGCAGGCAUAUGAAGGGAGGUGGUGGAGCAAAUCCUCGUGGUACAGCAACAACAGCACAGGAUGUUCAGCAAGAAAAACGCCCAAGAGGCAGGCCACGAAAAAACAUGGCCCCUGAGAAUGGAGAAGCUUCAAAUGUGGCUGCUAUAGAGGAACAGGGCACCAAAAGCCAAGCAGAUGCCAAGGAGUGCAUCGGCAGCGAGGACGAGAAUGAAGGAGGGAAGGGUGGAGGUGGUGCAGCAAAUCCUCGUGGUGCUGCGACAGCAGCACAGGUUGUGGAGAAAGAAAAACGCCCCAGAGGCAGGCCACAAAAAAACAACAUGGCCCCUGAGAAUGGAGAAGCUUCAAAUGUGGCUGCUAUAGAGGAACGGGGCACAAAAAGCCAAGCAGAUGAAGAGGAAUGCAAUGGCAGCGAAGAGGAGCACGAAGGAGAGGAGGGUGAAGACCACGGUCUUCAACGAAAGGUGUGUCGUGAUAGGGGACAAUCUGAACAGGGCACUGAUGUCGCUAUAGAGGAACAGGGCACCAAAAGCCAAGCAGAUGCCAAGGAGUGCAUCGGCAGCGAGGACGAGAAUCAAGGAGAGAAGGGUGGAGGUGGUGGAGCAAGAAAAACGCCCCAGAGGCAGGCCACAAAAAAACAACAUGGCCCCUGAGAAUGGAGAAGCUUCAGAUGC